AUUUGUGGAAAAAACAAAGUAAUUUAAGAUGGCGUUUAAGGAUAUUUUGAUAACAAUUUGUACGGUGUCAUGGAUCACUUGCUCUUUAUUAGAUGCCAGGACUGUCAAGAACAUUCAAGUAGAAAGAAACGUUGCUACUGACAUGUGCCCGACGCCCAAAGCGCCACUUAACGGACAAGUAGAUUGUGAAUAUUCUGAUGCUUUACAAAUUGAAAUCUUCUGUAGGGUAUCAUGUAAAACUGGAUACAUGUUUGAUAAGACCGACUCCCUGGACUUUAUGUUUCCUUGUGACGUGGCCACUGGUUUCUUCGAUACAGUUAUCACGCCUGAUUGCAUCCGUAAGUUUCGUUUUUCCCUAGCAUAUACAGAAACCCUUCGAACAUUAAUGGAACCAUUAUUUACUAAUAUAUCUUUUUAUCACUCUAUAAGAAGACGAUCCGCAAUGUUUUCAUUGGCCUAUAUUCAAAUAAUGCUUUGCGAGCUGAAUGAAAUAAAUAAAGUUUACCGUUGUGAGACAAGGCUUGGUGAAAACAAAAGAGACAUAUUUUUUUCCUUUUAUGUACACUCAAAAUGUGUCCUUGAAAUGUGUCCUUGA